UGUAAGAGGGGAACGAACAUGGCUGCUCUGUAGGUCUGUCAUUAAUGCUACCAUAAUUGUGAAGCAAAAAAACUUUGCAGGUUUGCUUAGGAAUUUAAUUCUAAUACAAAGGAAAACACAACAGCAGGUGACAGCAGCUAAUUUUUUAAUUGCCUGUCAGUAUAGCGUUAAUACCAACCCAUCGCUCAAUUGGUUAACCAGCUCAAGAGGCUGGAUUUACAACAGUAGGUUGCAACAUUUUGAUUUCUGCCCUUCCUCUCAUAUGUACACACCCAGGCCCGGCCCCAUUAUUGGCGGGUGGCUGAGGCGCGCUGCUCAGUAUUGCUAAGCGUGUACUCGCCACGGGGGCGUGCACUGGAUAUUAUAGGAGCUGUUCUCAGCAGCAGGUGCUGAGGAGAGAGAAAGGGAGGGUGAGUCUGGAGGAGGAGAAGGAGGGAGGGAGACUGGAAGAAAAAGAGAGAGCGAGACAGAGAGGAAAGCAGGGAGAGCUUCUCUAGCAGAUAUUGCUGGAUACUGGAGCCCACACUCAGCGCAGCAUCAGCUCACUUUCCAGCGACACGCUGUAGUCACGGUUCUCACCUCCAACCUGUAUGAUCUCAUGGACAGACUGAGCAAAUACAUAUACAGAAAGCAAUGGGGCUAAUACAGCGUCAAACUCGUCCUCUCCCAGGCCACAGUUGUUGCUCCUUUGGCAUGCCAAGGUGAUAUUUACGAACAAAACAGCAUUGGUGUUGACACUUGGCUCCUCUGAAAUUUUCAUUUUGACCAUUUUGACUGGAAAGAGUGACAUGAUGCAGAGACCUCAUCAAAGUGGAAACAACUGAGCUGAAAUGGUUUUAUACACUACCCCCUUUCCCAGCAGCUUCCUUUCGUUCCUCCACUCCCUGUCCUGGGCCCUAAUUUUCCCUUGUUAUUGGCUGGGAGAUCGGUUACUGUCUUCAUUUUUGCCGACCACCUAUGAGAAACGACAACGGUCAGAUGAUCCAUGUUACUUCCAGGCCCUCUGCAUUAUAAUAACCACACCCAUUUAUUUAGCACUGCUGGUUUCAUCACUUCCGUUUGCCUUUAUAGGAUUUCUGGUGUGGUCGCCUAUUCAGGCUGCACGAAGACCCUAUAUCUAUUCCCAUGUUCAGGAAAAAUCUCAUGCAACAGAAGCCAAGUUGCUGGCGGAAUGGAGAGCAACAGGCAGUGGAAAAAGCUUCUGCUUUGGAACUGCCAAUGUUUGCCUCUUGCCUGACUCAAUGGCAAGGUUCAAUAACCUUUUUAAUACCCAAGCACGGGCUAAAGAAAUAGGGAGAAGAAUACGCAAUGGGGCAAGUAGGCCCCAAAUUAAGAUAUACAUAGACUCUCCUACUAACACUUCUUUAAGUGCUGCCAGUUUUAGCAGUCUGGUGUCCCCACAAGGUGGUGAUACAUCUCACCGAGCAGUAAAUGUAGGUAUGAAGAGAACAACAUCUAUGGAAUACAAAGGGGAAAAUUCUGGGGAAAAUAGCAGUGAGGAGGGCAGAGAUGGGAGAAAUGGAGGAGACACAGCUGAUGGAGAAGACAGUCCAUGCAUCAUUCGUAUAGGUGGAGAGGACAGUGGACACAUCUCUGACACAGAGACUGAUGCUAUUAGCGGGCAUGUGAAUGUUGCAUGCUUGGCAGAAAUUGAGCCAGAUUUUCAAAAAAGCCCAAUUGCAAACCAUAAGAAUAAGGAUGCAGAUGGUGGAAGUCUUGAUAGUUGUACAGCCUCUCGGGAGUCACUAGUCAAGGUCCGGGUGGCAGAUGGAACUGCUGACCAAAGCAGCAUUAACAAUAAGCUUUUGUAUAAAACAUCCAUAAUCAAGAAGGCUACUGCCCGGAAGAAGAAACACACAGAUGACAUUCUGGACCAUGAGAUUUCUGCCUUUUUUCCUGCCAACCUGGACUUUCUGUGUCUCCAGGAAGUAUUUGACAAACGUUCUGCAAAGAAAUUGAAAGAACAGUUGCACUACUAUUUUGAAUAUGUGCUGUAUGAUGUGGGGGUUUAUAGCUGCCAUGGGUGCUGUGGGUUUAAGUUCCUUAACAGUGGGCUUCUGUUUGCCAGUCGUUACCCCAUACUAGAUGCUACCUAUCACUGUUAUCCCAAUGGGAGAGGAAUAGAUGCACUUGCUGCCAAAGGAGCUUUGUUUGUCAAGGUGCAAGUUGGAACCACUCCUCAGGACCAAAGAAUUGUGGGAUACAUCUCCUGCACUCACCUGCAUGCUUUAGCAGGUGAUGCAAUGACCCGAUGUGAGCAAUUAGAUAUGCUCCAAGAAUGGGUGUCUGAAUUUCGCAAAUCUACCUCCUCCUCCAGUGCUGCAAAUCCGGAGGAGCUGGUGGCUUUUGACGUCAUCUGUGGGGACCUUAACUUUGACAACUGCUCAUCAGAAGACAAACUGGAGCAGCAACACUCUCUGUUUACACAUUACAAGGACCCAUGCCGGCUGAGCCCUGGGGAAGAAAAGCCCUGGGCAAUAGGAACACUUUUGGACCCUGAGGGUCUGUAUGAUGAGGAGGUGUGCACCCCAGAUAAUCUGCAGAAAGUCCUGGAGAAUGAAGAAGGCAGGAAAGAAUAUUUAGUGUAUCCUACCAGCAAGAACCAUUGUCCCAACCAGAAGGGAAGAAAGGUUCCAUUGAAAGGUGGUGGACGCCGGGUGGAUUAUUUGUUAUAUACUGAGGAGGGACUCAACAUGGAGUGGAAAGUGGAUGUAGAAGAAUACAGUUUUAUAACACAGCUAGCUGGACUUACAGAUCAUGUGCCAGUAGCCAUGCGACUGACAGUUUCCACAGGGGAUGAAGAAUCCUAAACAGUUAACUUAAUUACAAUUAAUGAGACAGCAUACAUGGCCCAUGUUUACUAUGAGCUCCAAAGUCUGGAGCGUCUUGAAAGAGCCUCGUAUGUCUCUAUUAUUUUGACAACAUGAGGGGGACAGAGAGGAGAAUGGGGCUCAGAAGUUUUACCCACUUAAGAAAAUGGAUACCAGAGUAGCUCCCUCAGCAAGCUGUGACCUCUCCACAAUUGACCAGGGGGAGAGAAACACAAACAGAACCAGUGCCAUUCUUACCAAGAUGUUUUUAUACCACUAUAUAGCACAAUUUAGUUUGUAACCGUGAGGUGCCGUUCUGUUUUCUUUUUUCUUUCUUUUUUUUGCAUUAUUUUGUAUAUCUUUAAGAAAAACACGAAAAAAAGGACUAUCAACUUUUUACUUUUUGGGCUCUUCUUGUAGGUCCGGGUUGCUCCACUAGCAUGUGCUAUAAUUGCAUGACACUCAUCAUAAACAAAAGAAUCAAACAUUUUAACUACACAAAGAUAUGCGGGAGGAGAAACAUCGAACUAGAAAUGUGAGAAAGUAAAAUGCAGUUUUAUUGAUUGGCUAAAUCUUUUAUAACCGCUUUGCAGAAAUUUCUUUAAUCUCUUUUAAAUUUUUAAUGAUCAUAAAAAUUACACAAUAAAAUAUCACCCUGCUUUCAUCA